GUUUCAGGAAUUUGACAAUAGUCCUAUUCUUUCCUGGGUGACUUACGAGUGCGCUGUUUCGAGCGGCGUUACAUCAUGUGUCAAGUUACCCGCGGUCCGUCGAGGCAGAGCCAAGUCCCUGGCGUCCUCGAUCGGCGCACUGGCGGGAUGGAUGACGGCUGUGGCAUGGGUAUGUGACAUUUCGCGCCUCCUGCUCAUGGCUGUGUUUUUAGACUCUCAUUCCGAGCGCGGCACUUUGCUGCCGUGAAUCUGGGAAUGGCGGCCGCCCGUUGAAGGUUGUGAAUGUGUGUACGGGUUGCGACCUUGAAGCCGUCGGGUCAUGCCCGGUGGGCUAUGUGCUUGGCUUGUUUGGGACAAGGUUUGCAAACUACCCACGCAUGUGGUAUUUGUCAAAUACCCAUGAUACGUAUGUACGUAUGUGGAUGGCGAUGUCUGACCCCGUCGCGAUCAAUGGGCUCAUUCAGUACCGGAUUUUACCAUUGUUGGGCGGAUCGAUCAUGCCGCGCCAAGAUCGCAACGCUGGGUCCGUCAUGACAAAUACUUGACAGCACAAGCGAAAACGCCAUUUUGCCAAGUGUAUAACGCUGUAGAAGCGAGGAAGAAGGAUCGCAGCUUCGCAGCCUAUGGUGGGACCGCGGGAGGUGGCUCGGCGCAGGUCUAGGCAAGCGAGAUGCAGUGACCGCCAGGGAAACCGGAAGAUCCUCCUUGAAACGGCAGCUUGUUGAAGAAAUGUAAAUGGGUGUCCGACAAAUGACAACUGUCACAAUCAGCCUGUCAUGCAGCUGCUACUCCAGAGUCCAGGCAGGGCCGCAGGCGCGAGCGAGUAAGCGUAGAGGUGUGCUCGUGUGCUCUCCGCCUUCGAAGUAUCCUGUAGGAAGACAAGAGGGGCCGCGGAUCGAUAUGGGCCUGAUCGAGGUCAUCAAUGGGGUCUUGAAU